AUGGUGUCGCUGCGCAGCGAAUACGUUUGUCGGCCGGACCCGGUUCGAGGUGGCAUGAUUAUCUCCCGAAGGGUGGGGCGAAGUCUUAGUUCGUGUGGUAGCAGUGUCGACGAACAAAGAUCGCGAAAGGAAGAUCGUGAUGAUAAAUACACUCCUGACAACAUCAAAAACGUGAUUGAGGUGCCAGAUUCGUUUGGCUUUUUGUCUCCCUCCCCGGAUGAGAGACGACUUCUCCGCAAUAAUUCCCGAAGUUGCGACGGAACAACGAGUCAACAUUCCGGUCGUAGCGCAAGUCGCGCGGGGACGAGAGACCUCCAGCAGAAUGAAGAUCACGUGGUGAACAUUGGGGAUGCUCGCCCUCCUCGCAACGAAAGUCCUCGUCGGAACUUGUUCUUUCGCGACUCGACUAGCAGAAGCCCCUCUUCCGGGAGCGAUGAUGGAUUGUCACGCCCUUGGGACGACGAUCGUGAUGUCGACGGGGACACCAGCCUCUACGGAAGCGAAGACGGGGACGAUGCUGGUGCAGACCAGACAUGUACUAGCUCGUGCACACUGGAGGGUACUAUGAAGACACCAACAUGUAGAAGAAGGAGUAGGCUAGAGCGGCAGAAGAACCGCAGAAGACAGGAAAGGAUGCCGAGAAGUGGGCGAAAGGAAAGAGGUCGUGGUCAACUACAUCAUCGAGAACAACACUUAUCACGUCAUCCGCGGCGUGACGGGAGGAAGUCGAAGUCCUGCGCCGGCUUCUUGGAUAAGCUAUUCCGAAAGGGAAAAGACAACGAGCUUUCGACGUCUUCCAGCAGCUCCUCCCCGAUUUGCG